AACAUAAAACCGGUGCGCACUCCUGUUCAGCUUUUAGUUGGUGCGGGCACGCGAAACGGUUAAGGCUACAAAAAAAAAACACACACACACGAGCGGAAUGCGUCUGGUUUGACAUUUAGAGAGACAGGCACAGAUACAGCUACAGCUACAGCUAUAGACAACCACAGCUACCCACGCCGAGCUCAACAUGUCCGCCUGCUACAACGCGUACAAUCCGACGCAAUCGUUUGAGUUCGAGGAGGAUGAUGAUGAUGAUGCCUCCUUCGAUAGCGGCUACGAGAAGAGCUUUGAAACGAUUGCGAAUGCGAGCUCACGGCGUCGUUUGGACUUUGCGGAGCACUAUAAUAGCACGGCUAAUGCCAGCGGCACGCCGCCGGGUCAAGCUCAAGCGCCGCUGUUGUAUGCCGGCACCUGGGAUAUGCAGCUGAAUUCGCCGCCAGCGACAACGGCUGGCUUUGUGGGUCUGCUGGACAACAGCAGCAAUCACAGCACGCGCAGUGGACGCACUCUAGUGGAGCAUCUGAAUAGUCGCGCCGCAACGACGGGCGGCUUUGAGCCGCAGCUGACGAGCACGCCGGUCAAGUCGCCGGAGGAUCCGAAUGCGCCGCGGCCGAAACGCAAAUAUGCCGUCGGCAAGAAUCGUGUCACCCGUUCGCGCAGUCCGCUGCAGGUGGUGCGCAUCAAGAAGUUUCGGCGCAUGAAGGCCAACGAUCGGGAGCGCAAUCGGAUGCACACGCUCAACGAUGCGCUGGAGCGGCUGCGCGUAACGCUGCCCUCGCUGCCGGAGGAGACCAAACUGACCAAGAUCGAGAUACUGCGCUUUGCGCACAACUACAUCUUUGCGCUGGAGCAGGUGCUGGAGAGCGGAAACACCAUCAAUCUCGACUUGGAGAAGCUGCAGAACUUUACGCUGAGCGGCGAACGCAUAACCAAGGAGCUAUUCGAUGCGCUCUUUGUGAAUCCGCAGCCGUUUCCCAUGUUCGGCAGCGGCCGCAUCUUUCCCUACGGGCCACAUCAUCAGACUCCGCCAGCGAUGCACUAUCAGCCAGCUCAGGGCGAAGACUAUCAGACGGCACAACCACCUGGUUUUGAUCUGGGCAGCAGCAUGCGCUACUACCAACAACAACAGCAACAGUCGCAACAGCCGGAGCUUAGUCCACAGCCCACAGCUUCAGGUCAGUUUUCCCAAGAGAAAUACGAUCUGUUUCGCAGCAACUUCGAGGCAGCUGCCAAUGGAACGCCAUUGUCAGAGCCGGGUCUGCAUCAGCAGAGCAGCUUCUAUACGCAAACGCCGCCCUGGAAGGAUUACCAGGAGGAUCAGCAACUACUCUACAAACAGUUUACCCACCAGGUAUAGCAUAGUUUUGCGGGCAUCUAUAUGGUGUCAGUCUUCUCUGGGUGAUAUGUUCGACAAUGUGCUGACCACCACGGCACUGCCACCUGGAAAUUAUAAUUAACAAUUAAUUGGCUGCUCUAGUGACUCACUUUUGUUUAAACCAAAUAUCAAAAGUCAUUUGCUUAGAGCAGCUGGCCGCUAACACGUUAACAUUUCCAGGUCUCACUGCCGUCGAGGCACACAAUCAGUUGAUAUUUUGCAAUAAGUGUACACAAAAUUGAUUGCUGAGGCCAUGCUAAGCGGCUGGCCUCAAUAAUCGAUUUGAUUAAAUUCAUUUAGUGGGUAACACAAACAAAUGUCAGAGUUCAAAUUAUACUGAUUCAUGCAUGCCUGGAAUGGGUUGCUUGUUUGUGGUACUCACUAGUGGACUAUUAAAACUAAAAGUGCAUUUUAUAACGACAAUAUUAUAAAGUGCACUUUUUGCUUUUAAUGGCUAAUACAAUUUGCUUUAUAAUAACAUCGGUUGUCCAUGUAAAUUUAGUAAGAGCAUCCAUGUACCUUGCUAGCAAGCCAUAUAUUAUAUAUAUAAACACAAUCUAACUAAGAAAUUAACCUAGCCAUUACUAACACACACGCUUAACAAGUUCUAAGCAUUAGCUAAGAUUAAAACAGAUUCAGGCUUAGUUAGUUUGGUUGGGUUAACAUUGCAAUGCGAUAAACGAGGGCUAGUCAUUUUUGAAGUCAGGUUUAAUAUAUAUAUACAUUACGUGUUAAGAUGAAUUUUAUGUAAACUAUUACAAUUUAUUUUUGCUAAAUAAAGUUGAUGAAGAAAAACCCAAAUAAACUAUUGUUUUUGUACAUGGAAAUUGUUAAAGUCAAGGCAAGUCUAGUUAAUGCUGCCUUCU